UACACUUCUCGACGUCCCAGACGAUCCUGUGUCGACGCCAUGGCUUUGGCACCACCCACCGCCGAUCGGGGCAUUCGGGUCUCUGUGGCAUCCAUCGGUGCCAUCAUCGAACAUGCGGUGGACGCCGUGGUGGUCGCGCCGGGUGAGGCCGUCGUGCCCAAUCGGAGCCGUGCAAAGCCUGCAGUGGAUGUCCCCAUGGGCUCCGCCAGUGGAGUGAGUAUGGCAGGAUCUGCUCUCGAGAAAAGAUUCUCGAUGCAUAGCAGCAGUGCUGACAGCUUGGACUCCAGGGAGCAUACCAUGGAAUGGAAGCUUCCUUCAGAGGAGCAGGCCUAUGAGAGACUGCCAUGGACCAGGGGGCGUCUCUUCAAUUUUCUGGUCUCCACAGUGAUCUUUAUGAAUACUGUGUGGCUGGGCCUAGAGACAGAUUUGUACGAGCCUCAUAUCUAUCAAGAUCAGAUAGAUCCUUGGAAGGUAGUCAACUAUGCCUUUGUGUUUUUCUUCCUUGUGGAGCUGCUGAUUCGAAUAUAUUCCAGAGCUGGGUGGCCCUUCUUUGCAGACAACUGGAACGUCUUCGACUUCCUAUUGGUUGUGCUGUCAAUACUGGACACCUUCGUACUGGAGUAUAUCUCUGGCAGCACAGGCAGCUUAAGUGCCUUGCGAGUCCUCAGAGUACUCCGAGUGGCGAGAGUGCUGCGACUCCUGCGCUUCUUCAGACCCUUAUGGCUGCUGGUGAUAGGUGCUGUUGACGCGAUGCGAGCGUUAUUGUGGGCGUGGGUGCUUAUAUCCAUUCUCAUCUAUAUUUUUGCCAUCCUGCUGACGCGGACAGUGGGCUUUCCACAUAUGGAUACGGACGCGGACAUCGAGCAAUACUUUGGAAAUAUUGUGUACAGCUCCUUCACCCUCUUCCAAGUGAUGACUUUGGAGGGCUGGCCCACAGUGGCCCGCCUGGCCAUGGCAAAGGAGCCAUGGACUUGGAUCGUGUUUGUGGCGUUCCUGCUCAUCACGACCUUUUCUAUCAUGAACAUGAUCGUCUCGGUCAUUGUAGACAGUACUUUGGAGGCAGCUCUAGAUCAGAAGUUGCAGGCGAUGCGUGACCAGGAGUAUCAAACCACUAUGGCUGCCGUGAAGGUCGAUGAGGUCUUCCGGAGAGCCGAUGGGAAUGGUGAUGGUCAAAUCACAAAGGAGGAACUGAUGGAAGCCCUUUUGAAGCCGGAUGUCCGACUGUACCUCCGGGAGGUCGGUAUCGACAUCACCAACGCAGAAUUUAUUUUCGAUGUUGUUGACUAUGAUGGCUCUGGCAAGCUUGAAUACAAGGAGUUUGCCAUGGCCUUGGUGAAGGCUCGUGGUGAGGCCAAGGCGCAGGACGUUUUGGCGCUACAGUGCGACCUUUGGCGGCGAGAGCUAAGUCUCCGUGAGAGCCUCUUUCGGGUUUGUGUAAAAGUUGACCAACGGCUCAGAGCCGUUGAUGAUACUGUAGAAUCGCUUCAGAAGGACUUGCAGGCGUUGAACUCUGCUUUGGAAUGAGAUCAGAGGCCGGAGGGGGUUGGAGGACUGUUGUUGAGACAUUAUGGUCUCACCUGGAGACAUGCUGGGGGCUGUUUCACAACCUGUUGCUCGACCUGUCCACAUGCUUUGUGGGUAUGCAUGGAAAAUUAUCCACAGCCCUAGCUAUACAUUGUCAGGUUUAAAGCAGUCUUGAAGCGGAGACUCGUUGAAAGUUGCCGACGCAAGAUCUUCAGAGUGUUUCUUAGGAACUCUUGUCACAUUUCACGAGAGGUGAAAUCCCUGGAAGGUGAAUACCCUCGAAAAGCUUUGAGUGCCCUAAGAGCGAAGGGAUACCUCUUAAGUGAGCAACCUUGGAUUCCCCCAAGGGGAAACAACGCAGACACUGUCUCAUGUUUUUGUUUGUGACAUAACAGGGUGAGCUGUUUGAGGAAGGCAGAUGUCCAUUUUGUACAGCCUACAAUCUCCGGUGGAAAGUGGAACGCGGCCAACCCGAGUUCUGCUAAAGGAGGAACGGAUUUUCAAGUUUGGCCAGCUGACCGUCUC